GGAGGAAGAUGACAUGAUGCAAAUACAAUAAAAGGUGACUUGAUGGGGGCUGAGUGGUGUUUGGAAGUCCUGGGAUCAAAUUCAACAUGUUUUUCACUCUUCUUCAUUACUUAAAAGGAAGAUAGAGAGGGGGCAGUGGAGGUGAAUGUCAGAAGGACAUUUCAAAGAGAAGAAAACAGGCACAAGGCUCAUUUUCCAUCCUCAAUGAUCAGAGACCUCUGUGGUGUUAACCCAAUCAAAGCUGUGCGAUGCUAAAGCUUCACAGCAGCCAAUAAACUGUGCCACUUUAACGGCUUCAAAUGAAAAUUAAUGCUCUAAUUGAAGGAGAAAAAAACAUGGCGACAUUUCAGAGUCAUGCCCCUCAUCACUUUAAUCACAUCAAUGUAACCUGUGAUUAACGAACACGCCAGCCGAUAGCAGAUAUGACUGACAACGGGAGCUCCAGAAUUGACACCCCGACGAACAUCUCUCUGAGUCCCAGCGACGCCGUCUCUGACUCGCUGGAGUACAAGACGGUGUCCGUGUUCCUGGUCCUGCUGGUGUGUGGCACGGGCAUCGUGGGUAACAUCAUGGUGGUCCUCGUAGUCUUCACCACACGCCACAUGAGGACGCCCACCAACUGUUACCUCGUCAGCCUGGCCAUAGCGGACCUGACGGUGCUGGUGGCGGCGGGGCUGCCAAAUGUGGCGGACAGUCUGACGGGCACGUGGGUGUUUGGCCACGCUGGCUGCCUGGGGAUCACCUACUUUCAGUACCUGGGCAUCAACGUGUCCUCCUGCUCCAUCACCGCCUUCACUGUGGAGAGGUACAUAGCUAUCUGCCAUCCGAUGAAGGCUCAGACUGUGUGCACAGUGUCCCGGGCCAAGCGGAUCAUUGCCGGGGUUUGGAUCUUCACCUGUGUCUACUGCAUGCUGUGGUUUUUCCUGGUGGACAUUCAGGUCAGCAAGACCGGGCAUCUGUUCUGUGGCUACAGAGUGAAACGGGAGCUCUACUUGCCCAUCUACCUCAUCGACUUUGCCAUUUUCUACGUCAUCCCGCUGCUCCUCGCCAUCGUGCUGUAUGGCUUGAUAGCACGCAUCCUCUACCUCAGCCCUCUGCCCAACCAUCCUGACACCAGCGCCACCACGCUGCGCCGGAGCUGCCGUGAGCCCUCUGAGGCGGGGAAGGGGGGUCGCCAGGGCCGGCCAAAGAGCGCGCUCUCCUCCAGGAAACAGGUGACAAAGAUGCUGGCAGUAGUGGUGAUCCUAUUUGCUUUACUGUGGAUGCCCUACCGGACUUUAGUCCUGAUCAACUCUUUCGUGUCCACUCCUUAUCUGGAUGCCUGGUUCCUCCUGUUUUGUCGGAUAUGCAUCUAUGCCAACAGCGCUAUCAACCCUGUGAUAUACAACGCCAUGUCUCAGAAGUUUCGCUCAGCGUUUCGCGGGCUUUACCGCUGCCAGACCGGCUUCAGCACCAUACGAAACACCCAAACCUCCCAGUCCAAUAGCAAUGGUACCAAUGAAAAGGUGAGGAGUGUGAUUCUGAAUACCACAAAUGAUAUGACUACAAAGCAGAAUGCAAGCGGCCAUCAGGAAACGGCAACAGCCAACGGCACAAAAGCAGACCAUCACACUGACAUCAGUGAGGCUACUUUCAGCUGUGGUGUGGGUGCAGCUGAGACAACGCUAUCUGGUGAUGAGGAUCUGGGUUGGCCACCAAUAAAUGAUAUGACCAUUAAUUCAGCAGAUGGACAAACAACCAAUGACGAGCAGGAAAGCAAGUAA